CAGGCUGCGACCACGCGAAUUUAAACUGGGACCUGAAACCCGCCGCAAAGCCCAAACGUGUUCGACCCAGGGAGGAACAUCUCUCUUAUAAAAACUGACAGAACUUCAACACCAUGGACAUAGUGCAGAAGCUCAUGUCGGGUUUCACUCUCGACCUGGGACCUGUAAAAGAACCUUUGGGAUUUAUUCGAGUUCUGGAAUGGAUCUUCACCAUCUUCGCCUUCGCCACAACUGGUGGCUACACAGGAGUAAGCGAAAUCACGGCAAACUGUAACGGCACCGUGACCAACGUAUCAGCUCAGUUUUACUACCCUUUCAGGCUCCAGAGUCAUAAAUAUAGUAUCCCCAACUGCAAUGGCACCAACUCCACACUUGUCCUGACGGGAGACUUUUCAUCUUCACCUGAGUUCUUUGUCUGCGUUGGCGUUUUUGGCUUCCUCUACUGCACUGCCACCUUAAUUCUCUAUAUAGGCUAUCAACAUGUGUACCGUGAGACUAGCCGUGGUCCUGUCAUUGAUUUUUUUAUCACCGCAAUCUUUGCAUUUCUCUGGCUGGCUGCCUCCUCUGCAUGGGCUAAAGGUCUGUCUGACGUGAAAAAUGCCACCAAUCCCAGCACUUUGAUUAAUGAAUGUAAGAAGGCAGUCUGUAAGAUAAAGGAAUAUCCAGCCAUGGGUCGUCUCAAUGCCUCAGUAAUUUUUGGAUUCCUCAACCUUAUCUUGUGGGCAGGUAACUGUUGGUUCAUUUAUAAGGAGACUCCAUUCCAUAGGCCAGCCAAUCCACCUCCUGCUGGAGGAGCCCCAGGCCCUUAAUUGGAUCAAGCAAACAGCCUCCUCUUCUUUCAAGUCAAUCUAAAAGUAGAGGACAACUAAUAUUUGAUAUGUUGAUAAAUUGUCUGUCAUCAGCAAACUGUCUAAUUUUAUGUAGUGCUGCCGGCUACAUAUGUGUAGAUGUAAGUGAAUACUUCUCUGGUGAAUGUUUUAAUAUCUGAUUUGAUUGUCUGGAGGAAGCUUUAAUGAGGUAACCAGACCAAGUCCAUGGAAGAGAAACUGAUUUUGGAUAACGUAAUAUUGUGAACCUUUUUCAAGUGUUAAAACUCUUUUCGGUGAACUACCACUCUUGAAUCAUUUUACUUGUAGAUAUGUUUUCAUUCCAAUUCGGCUGGUUAUUACUUCAAACCUUUGGUUCAUUUUCUCAGUUAAUGCCAAAUUUCACAGAUAAUGUGGCUCGAAGCCAGUGCAUUAGGCAGCAUACAUUUUUUGUGCAUUCAUCUUUAUGCAACGAAAAAGUAUCAUUUGUAUUUCUGUUGUUUCUAUAUUUUAUAAUAUUUUCAUAAAGCAGAACUCACAAGGCACAAACGUAUCAUUUUAGUAUUUCAUGCAAGAUGUUUGUUUCUGAGCACUUAACUCACCAGCACUUCAGCAACUUUACAAUUGUUCAGGUGUUAAUACCUUAUUUUUACUUGGAGAUAAUAUGUUUUUGAACUGUUUAUUCAAAGUGCCUUAAUAUGUCACAUAUAUGAUGACAUAAUUAGUCAAAGUAGAUCUCCUGUUUUUUUCCUGUUUUCAGUGCCAAGAUAUUUCAGAUCAAUCAGGUAGCAAUAAACCAAUGAUUUUUUUUUUUCUAAACUGGCAGCAUUGUUUUGUAGGUUUGUCAGCAAAUCCAGUGAUUAAGCAUUUGACUUGUAUGUGUUUUCUACCAAACAUCUUGUCUGUUACUGAAUUGCCUGGAAAUACACAAACCAUUGAUCACUGAGGCCAAGGUUAUCAUUGUUUUGUUCACAAAAGGUAAAAGAUAUCGUUAUGUAUCUUUUUUACUUAAAAGCUAUGAAAAAAAAAUUAGCACACUUUCAAAAAAUUCUUACUUGUCCAUCUUUUAUGUUUUUCAUGUAAAGGGGCAUUUCACAUGUAGCCCUUUGUCACAUUUUUUUUUAAAUAGCUACAUUUUCUGUGUGCAGAAUCAUUUCUAGUGCACUAGAGUGAAUGAUCCAUGUUUAAUGAAUUCUGCUGUAUCGCUUGAGUUUUACUGUGUUCGAUUUUUAAUCAUUUUUUGAUUUCCGUAUUUUAUUUUCCAUAAAAACAAAAAAAUCUUCUUUUAUACUUAACAGUUAAGAAGACCCUGCCAUGAACAGGAGCAUUUCCUUAGCUUUUUGACCAGCUGUGUCAUAAAACUUUUCCCAGAUUAUGUGUGCUAAAAUGAGAUUUGUCCAGACUGAAGUGAAAUUGCUGCAGGGCUUCAGAUGGGUGGCAAGGAUGCUGAUUUACUAGUACUCAAAGGGAUAAUGAACAGUGUAAGGUACUGUUCAGUGUUAUUGUAUCUCUCAAGCUUAACUGUUGUGGUUUUCGCUAGGCUGUGGGUAUACCCAGAUAUCUUUCUUGAAAUAGAUGUGCCUUUUGGAUAUACCUUGUUGUUUUUGGUUUCUGUACCUAUUUUGAUGGUCAGAGUGGUGUUAACAAGUUUGUGCAUAUUCUGUAUUGUGAAAUAUUAAAAGGAUUGCUUCAUAAUUUAUGAAUUGCACUCCAUUUUUGUUCAAUUCCAGAAGAAUAGUGCUUAAGGUCUAAACAUCUGGUGAUAAUAUUGUCAACACGGUAUAAGUCAAAUAUUCAUAAUAAUUGGCUUGUACUGCACAGAUAUGGAGGAGAAAGUCAUGAGAGUUCCAGUUUGUCAAGGUUUA